UCAUAACCUUGUUCUGACUGCAUUAAAUGUUAGACCUACAUUAAGAUAUAAUGUGAUGAGUUAAUACAGGCAUCAAUUAAGAUCCAUUCGACAAUUUAAUUAUCAGCAACUCCAGAAUGAAGUAUGGUUGGAAAAGAUUAAUUAAAACAAUAACCAUCAUAUGUUUGUUAUACGGCUAUGACGUAGAGUGUAAAAAAAUGGUUGUUCUGGUUCCACCGUUAUGGAGUAACAUCUUGCCUGUAUUGAACGUUGUAAAAGAAUUAGAGAAAUACAACCACUCAGCAACAUUUGUUUUGUCUACCGCCAUGGACAAGGCAAUACGAUCGGGAGGAAUAUCCGUGCAAUCUGUGAUAGCAAAAAGUUUUGAUAAUAUAUCAAUGGAUAUGGUAACACAAGUUGUAGCUGAGAAACUAAAUCAUUCUCAGUCUUUUCCAUUUUCUCAAAUAUUGAAAAGAGCAUCUAAACAUUGUCAUAACUUAAUGACAGAUAAUGAGCUUUUCCAAAUUUUAUCUUCUGAACAGUUUGCCUAUGCUAUCGUUGCCAACGCUCCUGGUAUUCUAUGUUAUGAAAUCCUUGCGUACAAACUUUCAUUGCCGUUUGUUUUCAUUGGUGCACAUUAUGACUCUUUACUGAAUCGUAUACCAUUUAAUCCUGCCACCACACCGGCAUUAUGGUCAGGAUUUACAGACAAAAUGACUUUUGAACAACGUGUCCUAAAUUCCCUGUUAUAUAUUAUUCAGCUGAUCAAACCAACAAUGCCUUCUUUUGAAAAUCUUGUCAGCAAGUAUGUUCCGGAAAAGCCUUUAAUAUCAAACAGCGAACUAAAAAAUAGCUUUCUUUUACAGAUAAUUGAUGGCGAUUUUUUAAUUGAUUAUCCACUUUUAACUUCACCGAAUGUUAUUUUGUGUGGUGGUUUAGGAACAAGACCAGCUAAACCUUUGACGUCUUGGAUAGAUACAUUUGUUGAAAAGUCUAUAGAAGGCAUUGUUAUCGUUUCAUUCGGAAGUAUAAUUAAGUCAUGCUCUGAACAAAUGUUGAAUAAAUUUCUUUUAGCCUUUAAAAAGACAAAACACUUGAGUUUUAUAUUUCAGUAUGGAGAUGAUAAAAAAGAAACAGGUAAUACUUUACUGUUGCCAUGGUUACCACAGAAUGAUCUACUUGGACAUGUCAAAACGAAAUUAUUUAUCACUCACUGUGGAAAGAGCAGCGUCUUUGAAGCUCUUUACCAUGGCAUACCAAUGAUAGGGUUUCCGAUAGUUCACGAUCAAGGUGCAAACGCUGCAAUUAUUGAAGACAAAGGAUAUGGAAUAUCAAUGGAUAUUUUAAAAUUUUCUGUGGACGAAUUAGUUAAAACAAUUGAAAAAGUAGCGUUUAAUAAAACUUACAUAAGCAAUAUCAAAGUAGCGUCUGAAAUAUUCCACAGUCGUCCACAAACACCGUCACAAAGAGCAGCCUAUUGGAUAGAUCUGGUAAUAAGAUAUGGAAAACAACAUUUCAGACCAUCGUCACUAGAUAUGCCGUGGUACUCUUAUUUUAUGCUCGAUAUUUAUCUGUUUAUCACAGUUGUACUAGUCGUGGGUUUUUACUGUUUUAAACUUUUCUUAAACUUUUGUUCCCUAAUAUGCCAUAGGAAAAAGAAUGUCAAACGAAAACAAGAAUAAAAUU